CAGAGAGAGUCACAACCCUCCCUCACACUUCUCUCUCUCUGGAUACCAUAGGAACCUGUCUUACAGCUGAUUUUGCACUAGAUACUACAGCCAACCGGAACAGAGGAAAAUCCUGGAUACUACAGCCAACCGGAGCAGAGGAAACCACUAGAUACUACAGCCAACCGGAGCAGAGGAAAACACUAGAUACUAGUUAAGAACUUUUCUUUUAUCUGGAAUCCGGUGUGUUCCAUGAAGCCCUGAUGAUGAACUAGAUUGUAAAUGAAGUGCAUCGUAUCGCAGCCACCGAGUACACAUCUUGUCUUUACUAAGAUCCCUGAUCAGAGAAGAAGCCGUGAAGGAGAAAGAUUCUGGAGGUUUUGGUCGGAGCAGUACACAUCCUCUUUUCUAUACAAUACUCCUGGGGAGUGCACUCAUCAUCCGCCAGUUGAAGGGAGAGGGGGAGAUUGUAUCGAUCGACCGAGAGAGAGAGAGAACUGGCUGUAUGAUUGUGUUAAGCGAGCUAGACAGAAUGUUGACUUAAUUCAAACCCCUCCCUGCUCGCACUGUCUGUCGCAGACAGCUUGUUUAGUGACCUAUAACUCUUAUGGCUGGACAAAAAGGACAUUUACAUUACAACUGUGAGAAAAAGGUGUUUUGGUCCGUCACAAGAGGCAGUGGGACUACGGAUUCCCGACAAAUCGGGGUUUUGUUUUUCUGUGUAGGCUAAGAUUAACAGUAUCGGACAAUUGGUGAUUCUUUAAAGCACCUCCUUUAGCUCACAAGGACGGGAGACAGCAAGAGAAAAGUACACCGGUCCAUCUCCGUGGACAGUACACCGGUCCAUCUCCGUGGACAGUACACCGGUCCAUCUCCGUGGACAGUACACCGGUCCAUCUCCGUGGACAGUACACCGGUCCAUCUCCGUGGACAGUACACCGGUCCAUCUCCGUGGACAGUAGGCAUAACAAAACGGACAAAAAAGCCAUUCUUGUUAACAUCGUUUGUUCUUCUUCAGGACAUGACAGAGAGAAAAGCUCCAACAGGACUCAGCUUCUCCACGUGUUAUAAUUAAACCUCCGGACCAGCGCCCAGUUUUAUAAUGGGCUACUCUGAUGAGUCCUGCCGCAGCAACAGUUCCCAGGACUAACCCAUGUGAUAAAGACAUUUUAAUGGACUUUCCAGAGGUGAGGAGCGUAUCACUAAAAACUGUGAUGCAGAAAUAGAGCAAAUCCCAGAGUGAAAUGAUGAUGUGCUUUUUCUUUUUGUCAGGGAUCCUUGUAUUCCCUUCGUUUCUCAGUCACAUGAAAUGAACUUUUCUUGGGUUUCCCCAACCUGUGCAGGGACAGAGACUUUUACAGCUAUUGAACUAGUUAAACUGCCUUCCAUUUGCUAAUUCUUCUCUCCUCCCGUCUGGUCUACUGCCCUGCAGUGGAGGGGCAGGCCGCUAUGGCAGCUUUCACUCUCUCUGCUGCUACGAUACAGCUGUAGCUCGUAUAUCCCCCCCCAAACCGCCACCACUCCAAGAUCCCGUUGAGACUGAGACUACACCAACCUCCAACUCCGCUCCUGUUGAGAGACAGAGAGGGAGACAAAGACAAGGAGAGAAAGACUUUGCGCCUACCAAACUUUUAUUGAGGAAGAAAGACUGUGGACCAACCAAAACAGAGAGACUGAGCACCAACCAGGAGCCCCACGGACGGAUAUAAAAAUUCCUGGUGUCACUCUCUCGUCCCCUUGUCGUGUCCCGUCAGCACAAUGCUCAGGUCUCAGGCUGUAACUACCCCUCUGGUGCUGAACUCUCUCCUCCUAGUGCUCCUACUGCAGCAAGCCGGGAUCAGGGCUGAGACAGGGGUCGCGGCUGAGCCCGGGGUAGGGGCAAGUGAGUCUGGGGUCGGGGCCAGUAGAUGUCCCAAGGGCUGCCUGUGUUGCUCCGACAUCCUCAGCUGCGUCGACAAGGGUCUGAAGGCACUGCCCUCCGAGCUGCCCGCGUACACCACCACCCUGGACCUCAAUCACAACCGCCUGAAGGAGCUGAAGAAGGGGAGCUUUGCUGCGCUGCCCCGUCUGGAGUCUCUCCGCCUGGCUCACAACUCUCUGAAAUGCCUCGAGCCCGGAACCUUCUGGAACAGCAGCGCGCUACGACAACUGGACCUGUCGUCCAAUCAGCUAGAAAAGGUAGAGGCGCACUACUUCCUUGAGCUGACAGGAUUGGAGGAGCUGCUGCUCUUCAACAACCGCAUCGUGCGCGUGGAGAGCAAGGCCCUGGCGGCGCUCGGCAACCUACGCAAGGUCUACAUCAGCCACAACCGCCUCACGGACUUCCCCUUCUCCAUCCAGGAGGACAGCCACCCCUUCCUAGCCACCAUGGACCUGUCCUCCAACAGCAUGUCCAAACUCCCCCUGGUGGACAUCGAGACCCUGCCGGCGGCCUUGCAGAGCGGACUCUUCCUCCACAACAACACCCUGAUCUGCGAAUGCGAAAUGUACAAUAUGUUCCGGCGCUGGGAGCAGAAGGGGUUCCCCUCGGUCAGUGACUUCCGGGAGGAGCACACCUGCCUGGUGUAUGGGGAACACAAGGCCUCCGUUAAAUUUUUCCACCACAGACGCUUCUUUGAAGUGAACUUGAAGUGCAGCACGGCAGUGGCUGGAGCUCUAUGGGAGCCUGAGGGAAGCCUGCUGGUGUACGAAGGAGCCGCCGUGGUUCUGGACUGUCACACCAUGCUCAAAGGACAGCAACUAACUUACUUGUGGGUUUCGCCUCACCACGGGGCAGGUGCCCCGCCGGAGAACAACGGCACUCUCCGCAUGCACGCCAACGGCAGUCUGGAGAUUGUGUCGGCGCAGGUCGAGGACUCCGGCGUGUACUGGUGCAAGGUUUUCGACGGGACUAAGAGGAACGAGUCAUGGGAAGUGAACGUGACGGUGUUGAUGCGACACGACGAAACCGAGCCCUUCAACACGGGGUUUACGACCCUCAUAGGGUGCGUGGCGACCCUCGUUCUGGUCCUCAUGUACCUUUACCUGACCCCCUGCCACUGCUGGUGCCACAAGCAGCCCCCUCUGCCGGGUACCCCCAGCCCGGCCAAUGACCAGUGCAGUGCCCAGUCCUCAAUCCUGACCCCCACCCCGCCCGCCACCACAGAGAGCCCAGGCCGCAAGGUCAGUAACAACAAGCAUGUGGUGUUUCUGGAACCCAUCAAAGAAGUGCAGAACGGCCGGCUAAGGGCGGCUACAGGUGCGCUGUCCCCAGUCUCGGUUUCAGGCCACUCCAUCACCUCAGUCUUCUCAGACUCACCCAUCGUGCCAUAGCACCAGGCAGACAAGCCAUCUCCUACUGUACCUUCUCUCUACCAAACACCUGCCUCCUCUGUCCCACCCCACCCCACUAGCAGAGAGAGUGGGUUGGGUUACCCACCAGGCAGGGCAAAGAGUUAGACACUGCCUGUCAGAGUAGGAUAGAUAUAUUGCAUUGCCACCCAGGGGUGAGGCAGAAGACACCACGAGAGGGAGAUUGAGAGACAGAAAUAGAGAGAGGAAGAGAUAGGCAGGGAGAUGGAGAGGAACAUAUAGGCAGGGAGAUGGAGAGCAAGACAGCAAAAGAGCAGAGAAAUUAACAUCCAGCACAAACUUAACUGGCCCAGGCCAGGUUUGACUGGACUGCCUUUCUGAGAAGUGGAACGACAAGGAUCCUGCAUGUUGAGUGAGAAACAGUGCUUCUGGACUAGGGCUGCAACAUUCUUUUGACUUUCUCAAAACAUUCCCCCCGAUUUCCCAGAAAUCCUGGAUACGAGGAAAUAAGCAGAAAUCCGUGAAUUCUUAUAACCAGGAUUUGUGGAAAACCAGGGAACUUUGAGAAAGUUUACAGAGUUUUGCAACACAAUACCGGGUGUAUAUCUAGAACUAUAUCAAAACAAAGCAGGAUAGAGCUGUCCCUGUUAGCACGGCUUGUACCCUUUAAUAGAACCAGAGCUAGAGUAUGAAUGGCUCGUCUAAGAACAUUUCAACAAAAUCAGCCAUAACUGUACAGCUUGAAACCUUUUUAUAGCAAGUAGCCUAAAGAUAGCAAGUUAGAUGACUAGCAGAAACACAUUUACAAAGUAUACCUUUAAGCAGAAUGAAUGUGACCUUUAGUAGAAUAGAGAAACAACAAUGUUAAAGCUUUUAAAAUGUUUUUUUUUUCUUUUUAUAUGGAACUAGCAGUAGAGAAAUGUGAUUUAAAACCCCACUGUAAAGUCCUGGUGAAUUCCUACCUUGGCUUAGCUGUCGGAUAACAAACAAACAAAGGAAGAAACAGGAACACAGUGUGUGUGUGCAGAACAGUUCAGCAGAAGGAGACAGUUUUUUUUUUCGUGGCAAAAUAGAUCCAUCCAUUUAUUUCUUAGUUAUUAAGAGACUGGGCCGUGGUUUCACUGUGAGGAUAGAGGGGGCUGUUUUCGGCUCUUAACACUUUUCUUACGGAUGCUUUUUCAUCCGCUACUGACACCGACGGAUACAGAAUAUUGAGAGACAAGAGAGCUGAUUUUACCUGUUAUGGUACGUUUGUUCCUGGAUUGACAGGAGGACACUCCAACAGCUCGCUGUUUUCCUCAUGGAAUUAUGUUCCU